AUGGUCUCCCCCUUUACCCCCCCCCGCAAUUGCAGUUUUUGCGGGUCCAUAGCAGGUUACGAGGCGGCACAGCACGCUCCGCUGCGGCUCAAGGGCAGUGGCACAGCCCAGGGAGCUGGCAAGAGGAAGAAGAAGAAGGCAAAAAAGGCCCAGAUGCUGCUGGAGCAGAUCAUGAGCAGCAAGAAGCAGCAGGAGGAGAAGCGCAGGCUGGACAAGCAGACCCCAGCACAGACAGCUUUCGAGAAGAUGCAGGAGAAGCGGCAAAGGGAGCGGAUCCUGAAGAAAGCAUCGAAACCCCGCAAGCAGCGAGUGGAGGAGUUCAACAGGCACCUGGAUGCUCUCACUGAGCACCACGACAUUCCCAAAGUCAGCUGGACUAAAUGACCAGGCU